CUCAUAGGACCUAUGCAGAGAUUUCAGAGAAUGCCCUCUUGUCCCUCAUCACAGCUCUUUACAGAGGUCCUUAAGGACCACCUCAAGGAACCCAGGCAUUGUUUUUCUCUAAGAAAGUAGUAGAGGUAGGAAAAUUACUAGGUCAUUUAGCAUGAGGUCAAAGGACCAGGGAGCCUGUGUAGGAAGUAGAAGGCCAAUUGUGGGCCCUCAAGUCAGCCAGACAAUAGCAGGGUCUAGAGAGGGAUGGAGGUUGUAGGCUGCCAACACCAUCCUCUGUGAAUGGGAACAGUCCAGUCAUCAGUGCCAAAUCUUGGCACUGAUGCCCAAUCUUGGCACAAGCUGCCCAAUCUUGGUGACUUAACACAGAGCUGUUAUGUUCACAAAUUCCAUGGGUUAGACCCUUGGGGAGGAUGGCAUGAGAAGGUCCCUACAACAGGACUCCUGGAAAGACUUCGGCACAAGCAGUGGAUGACUGGACUGUUGCUGAUCACAGAAGAUGGUGGCAGGAACCUGUCGUCUCCAUCCGCUUCUAGACUUGUCAUCCAUCGCCUGGCUGGCUUCAGGACCUACAAACAGCUUCUGAUUUCCCACCUGGACUUCCUUACUCAUGGUGACCUGUGAUCUUGGCCACUUUGAAACACCAUCUCAAUGAACAAAACGUCUGGAUUCAGGGUCUUAUCUGACACCAAAGAGAACUUCCUGUACCACAACCAUGACUGGAAAAACUACCAUGGACUUGGCUUGGACCCCAGAACUUUCUCCCACGAAGACCAGAACCCAAGGCACAUGAGGCGUCAAGUGAAUUCGAAUCAUGAAGCAUGCCAGGCCACCCCUGACAUCUACUUUGUUCUGGAUAAGUCUGAUCGCAUGCUGUAUGGCUGGCCACACAUUCACAAGUUUGUGCUGGAUCUGGUGACAAGGUUAUCAAACCAGGAUCUGCGAGUGUCUAUCAUCACCUACUCCUGUAAGGGCAACGUCAUCUUGCCCAUCACUGGGGACAGAGAAGAAAUCCUCAAGGGUAUUGAAAGAAUAAAGUAUACCAUAACUGCAGGACAUGAACUCAUUUACGAAGGACUGUGGAAGGCAAAUAAGCAGAUAAUAAGGAUAAGAAGAGGUGUCCAGCACCCCAGCAUGGUCAUCUUCUUGCUUGAUGGCCCUCUGAGUAAUCAGGCCUAUGGGUAUUCAUUGGAAGAGACUAACGAUACUCGAAAAAUGGGAGGAUACGUUUGCGGUGUGGGUACGGGCCAGUCUGAGAGAAAUCAGAUAAUAGGACUUUCAGGUGGUCACGAAUAUGCAUUUACAAAUAAGAAAAUUGAACAUCUGAAUGACCUCAUUAUACCAUUAGCAUCCAAGGCCUGUCCAUCCCUUAAAACUGCAAUUACACGCAUUAUAUGUAUAAGAGAAUCAAACCCAGUGGUACUUGAAGGGUACGGCUUUGACUUCGCCAGGCGUAAAGAAGACGUUAUCUGCAGGUUCUAUUUAGAUGACAUAAAAAGGACUAUCAAAGAUUUUCCUCCCAUCAAUAUAACCAAGACGACUGUCACUUGUCCUGGACCAAUUGUAGAUUCCGCGGGAAGAGCGAUCCAUAUUCAUCUCAGCCUGGACAAAGGAAAAAACUUCCUGCACAACCGUUUAUACGUUGCCAGUAGGACAUGUGGCAAAAGUCCGCUAACUACAGUUAAAUAUGGCAGAAGAACAACCACUAGGAGAACCACAACCAAAACCACAACAAGGACUACCACUACAACUACCACAACUACCACAACUACAGAAAGCCCCCCAGUGCUAAAGCCAAGCAUUGAUAAAUUCAUUUUUGUCCCUAUACUCCUGGCCCUGCUGCUGAUCCUGUUGCUGAUUGGUUGUUUCUGGCAGCUGUGCUGUGUUCCGCCUGUAGAGGAGCUGCCCUUACCUAAGCCCCAACCACAGCCCAGAGAGAAGAAACAACCUCCUCUGGUGUCUCCUCCAGCACCCACAGGACCUGUAAACCCACCCCCCAUUGUGAUCAUCUGCUGUUGCACCUGUCGUGGCCUGUAUGUGAGCAGAGACGCCCAGGGCAACAUGACUGUGUGCAACUUCAAUCCCCUAUGCUGCCCCCAGUUGCCAUUGAUAUGGCCUCAGUAUGGUGACCAGGGGCGGUUUACCAAUUGGAGGCUCCUGAAGGAACCCUGCAUCCCCAAGGUCAGCCUGCCACCUAGACCAGAGCAUCUGCCUCUAGCUUCUUGCUCUCAGUGCCACUGUCUCCCAGCUAGCCACUCCAGGCAUCCCUCUAGUUUGCGGCAGCUUGCUCUUCAUCCCUGGGCUCCCAGAGCUCCACGGUCACUUCUUCCUACAUAGUGGACAUUUCAGGUGCCACCAAGUGAAGACUAAGUGGUCUUUGCUGUAUAUUCUGUAUAUUGGGGUUAAGAUUUUAAUAAAGGAAAUAAUAGAUUGGAA